GUAAUUUUAAAAUAGCACAGCUCUCUGUUCUACAUCCACACUUAUAGACAUUUACAUUUUACAUACGGAACACAACUCACAGACGGACAGACAAGUCGGCCGACAAAAUCUGUAUCAGUUAUUUCGUUAUUUGAUAUACUCUGUGGUCUGUGCAAUAGACACACCGACGACCAACUGGCAACUAGGUACCGAUGACACCGCUGCACCAGUCAGUAGUCGGUCUGCUCUGUCACCCACUCACGGACCUUUUAACUUUUUCUGACGGCAUUUCGACAGUUGAUACUUUGUUAGUAGGAUCUAUAAAUUCAGAUUUUAAAGUUUCUUAUUUUCUUAUUUCUUAGCCGUUAGUCAAUAGAGUGCAUAGUACUCAGUACUCCAUAAUCUAUUAUUAUUUAUCAAUUUCUUUUAAUGUAAAUAGUCUAAACAUUUGCAUGUUUUGAACACCAUUAAGAAAGUGUAAAUAUCAAAUUUCUGUUAAUAGAUAGUUUUUGCCGUCUAAGUAUCAAAAAUGAAAAAUAAAAUUUCAGCUGUUUUAACAGAAUUUCCUCACUCUUCUGUUUCAAAACAAAAAAAUAAAAAGAAGAGAAAAGAAAUUUGUUCAGAUCCAAAUGAAGAUAAAAUACUAUUAAAGAAGAGAAAGUAUUUAUCCACUGCUGUCAAACCCCAUGUUGUUACAACUACUAUUUUACAAGUUCCUGAAAUAAAUGAAAAAAUUAUAAAGAAAAAAGAUAAACAAUUACAAGCAGCUUCUACCUAUUCAAAUUCUAUUGAAGACAUAGUUGGUAAGGAUUUAAAAAAGGAACCUUCUAAUACUGUUGGUACUGUCAUAUCCAAAAAAGGAAAGGUUGAUGUAGUACCAUCUUCAUUGCCAAGUUAUCUUACAUUAUUUUCGUCAUUGAAGUCCAAAUUUAAUUCACCAAUACCACAACUGAUAAAACAAAGAUCAACUUCAACACCAAUUCCUGGCUCAGUGCGGCAAAAAUUGCAUUUUGAUUUUGAACCUCUUACGCCAAUAAAAGAAUUGAUUCCGUCAACACUAUCUAAACAAACUAACAUCGCAUGUGAAUUAAUAUCAGAACUACCAUUUCAGCCCAUCACCUCAGUGACUAAGAAUAAAUGCAAAUCUAUGUUGACUUCUGAAAAAUGGAAAACGGGCAUUUUAAACAAAAUUCCAAAAUUUUGUCCAUUUUGUGAUUAUGUAUGUGAAAGAAUGAUUUAUCACCAUAUUGAAACAAAUCAUAAAGACCAACUCAAACUACCUAUUUCAACCUCUGUUGACUCAAUCAACAAAAUAAUAUCAAACUUUACAAAAAACAAAAAGGUAUUAGUGCCACUACAACAUAUAGUUGAUAUAAUGGGAGACUAUUGGUUUAACCCAGACAUAAGAAAAAUUGGAAAUAUUUUAUGCAAUCUUGGCCAGAUUACAACAUAUGGUGGGUCAUGGGAGCUAAAUCAUGUUCCUGAAGUCUCCAAUCCAUUUGAGCAAUACAUCAUAAGAUCUAAUCAACAACCAGAGUAAAAAGUAUGACAAUUGGUUAUUUCCAGUUUUAUUUUUAAGUAAUUAAGUUAAUUCGUUAUUUUUAUUAUUA